AUGUACAACGCCUUUGACAGUUCACGAGGUAAUCAGGGUAAACAAGCCAAUGGCAACCCCUAUGGUCAGUACGGCUAUAACCAACCUUCGGUACCCCAACCAGUAGGUCAGAAUUAUGCUUCUCAUCAGCCUUCUGUCAGCCAGCAACAAUAUCAAAACGAGCCAUUCUCUCAACAAACAUAUCCUCCCCAACAGCCACAGCAGCACCAGCAACAACAGCAUCAACUUCCUCAGACUGCACCUCAGGGUGGUGCCCAACAGCAGCCGUUCCAAAACUUUUUCCAAGAUCCAUCAUCUGCUAUGGGCCUUCAAUUCUCGCAAACUGCCCUUAAUGCCUCCCAACAAUAUAUGCAGCAAAACUUUAACAGUAUCAUGCACACUCAGGAUAUUAAGUACUAUUUUCAAGUAUCCAACUCGUACGUGGUACGCAAGCUGGGUCUGAUUCUUUUCCCCUAUAGAACUAAGACAUGGACAAGAAUUUACCAUAAUGCUACGCCAGUUGGAGGCCCUGGUUCUACUGGGCAAGAGAUUUACGCCCCAGCUACUGAAGACAUCAAUGCUCCAGAUUUAUAUAUCCCUCUCAUGUCGUUCCUGUCUUAUAUUCUGGUGUGGUCAGUUUUUGCGGGUAUUCAUGGAGACUUUCAUCCUGAAUUAUUAGGCUAUGCAGCUUCCAAAACUUUGGCAUUGCAACUCUUAGACCUCGUGUUGUUGAAGUUCUGUAUAUACAUCCUGAGUGUUGAUGCUAAACUUUGGGAUCUUGUGGCUUACAGUGGAUAUAAAUUCGUGGCAGUGCUCGUGAUAUUGUUGAUCAAGAACAUAUUUGCACUACAAUCAAGAGCUGCUAAUUACUCUGUUUACUUUGUGUUUGCUUUCUCAUUGGGCUUUUUCCUUAUGCGUUCGUUGCGUUACGUGGUUCUUUCAACGGGAAUUCGUGCUCAACAGGUCAACAUUUCUCAAACAAAAUACAGAACAAAUUUUUUGUUUGUUUACUCAUUUGUGUUUCAGGGUUUGCUAGUGUUUUUCAUGACUUAA